UGGUGAUCUGAGGCAUGUCUUCAAAGUCUGAACCUGACCGUUGAUAUCAGUAUUUGAAAAUGGUUGGUUGAUUCAAGUGGUGUAGGCAAAUGUUCAUGUCAGCAAAGGACCAUUGAUGUGUCUUGAUGACAUGGUUGCGGUGGAUGGCAGAUGACCCGGAGUCAUGGAGGGGAUCCCUAGCCCAUUGACUUAAUUAACUGUGGUUCACUAUUGUAUUGAUUCGACAUGCAUUGAUGUUGUUUGUAGCGGGAACUUUUUUAACUAGCCUGAUCGAUAUGAAAGUAUGUAAUGGGAACCUUUUUAAACUUAAAUUAACAAGUAUGUAAUGUGAAUAUGCUACUUGCAAAUUUUCAUAUAUGUGUUUGGUGUGAAUUUGCGUGUUUCUAUGUUUAGAGUUUGGAAUCGUAUUUAUUUAUCACUUAACAUGCUCACACUUUAGUUUCAUCACACUUAUAGGAAACCCCAUACAAUGGCAAAUUGGAAUGAUGACUCAUGGUCAAAUGAAGAGGAGGAAGAUGACGAGGCUAAAGUGUUGUCCACUAUAGAUGAUGAAUUAACAGAAUAUGAAGCGACAAGUGUAUUGGUGAGUCAAUACUGUGUGUCUUGCAUGUGCAAAAAGCGCCGCAGAACUGAUGAGCAAACAGAUAGGAACAAAAAGAAAAAAUCUCCUGUCGCAAGACAAAUUGCAGAUGCGGCAAGUACCAUAGCGACCGCAUGUAAACGAAGAACAGAGGCAAUAAUCAAAAUGAAUGAGGCUUCAGUUUCUAAUGUUACAGCGCACUUACUCACCCUUGAGGAAAUUACAUCUGAUCCUGACUUCCGACAUCAAUGUUUGAACAUGAUUGGCCGAUUCAAGUGGUGUAGGGAAGUGUUCAUGGCACUAAAGGACAAUCGAGAGCUCUUGAUGACAUGGUUGCGGCGGACAGCAGAUGACCCAGACACAUGGAGGGUACUUAAGUAACUGUGGUUCAGUAUUGUAUUGAUUAACGUGCACUGACGUUGUUGUCCGUAACGAGAACUUUUUUAACUAGACUGAUCAGUAUGGAAGUAUGUGUUUUACUCAACUAUUAUCUGUAAGCUAUGAGCCUAUGGCAUCUAGGAACAAAAUUGCCUGAUUCGGACUCUUCAUUAUAUGAUGCAUAAGCUAGUGUUUCUUAUAUCCUUCA